AUGACAUGUGUGGUGACCUCGCAUUCAGAAGACUCGAUCUCGGGCUUGAUCAAGCGCGUGCAGAAGUUGGAGGCAGGGUUUGUCAGCAUGGGUCAAGAGCUCACCCUCUUGCGGGAGUGGUUGACCUCCAAGAGCCGCAACCACUUUGAGCCGCCUUGCCGUCAAGAUGCCCCGCACAGGACGGAGGCUCUGGAUGAUGCCUUGGACCCGGGCCUUCUUUUGCCCAUUGUACAGUUCUCUGGGCUGCCUUCAGUCUACGCGCUUGAGAGAGCUUCGCCUCAGGUCUUUGCUGCCUUGUCGCGCCUGGUGAACCCCAUCAAAGCCAGUUUCAUGAAGCUCUACAUUUGCGGAGGGUGCCAAAGAAGCACCAGCCUGCUCAGAGGUGGCGCCAGGCCUGAAAAGAUGGCGAGCACCGUAGAACGCUUGGACCUGGGCGCUGCACAGAGCUGGCUCAGCUCCUGGGAGGCCGUUGCCCCCAUGCCGGAAGCGCGCUCCGAUGCCAGUGCGGUAGUGCUUCAGGGCUACCUGUACAUUUGUGGUGGCCAGGAUCAUUGGAUGCUUGCAGAGGUGAAUGUUUGA